AAGUGUGGAAGUGUGGAUACCUUGGACUGCCCCCCGCCCCCGGCGCUGCCCCCGCGGCGCCCACCCUGGCCCCCCAACAACCUUAACGUCGCCGCGACCAUCAGGAACCUAGACUGCUCGACUUCCUCCAACCUAGGAAGACUCUCCUCCACGGCCUCGCCAGGCUCAUCAACCGGACAUCAUCAUCCUGCCCUGACACAUCAGACGCAGAAACUAGCACCGCCCCCGCCGCCGCCGCUUACGCCGCCCCAGUACCCUGCGCCUCCGCGGCCCCCAAGUCGAAACGGUGGGGAUGAAGCGCGCGUUGCGAGGGCGGAAAGCGGCCGCGGACCAUCCUCGUUCGCUAAUGGAACCGCGUCGCCGAGAUCGCUACCUCCUCGUGCGGGUUGGGCAGUGCGCGCCACGGGGUCACUUUCCUCAUCCGCUUUUCCGGCACCUUCAGGAACGACGCCAUCAGCAGCAGGAGGUCAGACGUCGCCACGAAGCUCGGUGGUCGGACAAUGGGCUAACAGCGAUUCAAUAUCGUCAUCAUCGUCAGCAGCAACCUCACAGUCAGGAUUCAACGUUAAGAGGCACCUCGCGGACGGCGCAUCCGGGUGGUCCGAUCGUCUCGAACUGAGGGGCGUCCCGAUGUCGCAGAAUGCGUCGCCGCCGUCGCGGCCACCCUCGUCCUCGUCCUCAAUAUCCUCUACGAGUGCUCUACCCCGUGUACACGGGCAUGAUCACAACAGGCCCUUACCCCCGCCGAGAUUGCCGGAGGGUACUGGCACCCUGGUGCCCCUUACGGCACCACUUACACCCCUCUCUACUUCGAGCUUCCGCUCGAGGACGUCCCUAGUGCAUUCGACUACGAAUUCUGGUACUCAGAGCAGCCAUUCGAGUCCUCAGAAUGCCCGUAACCAGCACCUUCAGACGCCUGGCGUCGCCUCUCCGGUCAGUGCAGGAAGCCCUACGACUAUAUCAGCCGCCAUCGGUGCGAAUACCACGACUACCGGAAGCGCUGGUCAGGCCCCCAGGAGUCCCGUGGGUGAGGUCACCCUGGCGGUACCCAGACCCGACGGCGAGAGAGCCGUCAAUGAGUACGUGGAGACGCCAUUCAGGCCUAGCGUCGCGCAGAAUCCUGGACAGAAGUGCACGAAGAACGAGAGGAGACAUCAUCAGAAGGUACAGGCCCACCAUCAUCAGCUCCAUCAGCACGCGAAUCAUCAUCAGAGCCUUAAUCACCAGCACCAUCAUCAAAAUCAUCUACAGUCCUCCUCGCCGACGAACACCGUCACCAAGCAGCCCGUGUCCUUCACCAAGGAACCCGCGAAUUCCAUCAGUUCCGGUUCUCUGGGACCCAGAGCAGAAGGACUCUCCAUAAUGUGUGACUUCUGUGGCAAGUGUCGUUGCGAAUCCUGUCGCGAGCCUCCACCGCUUCCUAGUAGAUGGCUCUGCGACAACUCCUGUUUCUGCUCAGCGGAAACGGCUCUGGACUACGCAUCCUGCCUCUGCUGCGUCAAGGGACUCUUCUACCACUGUGGGGACAGCGGAAGCGGCGUAGACGGCGAGGGUGGCGGUAGCUGUGCCGACGAACCCUGUUCCUGUACGGGAUCUAGGAAGUCAGCACGCUGGGCAUGUCUAGGAGCCCUCACCCUGGUUCUACCCUGUCUCCUCUGCUACUGGCCGUUCAAGGGCUGCGUGGCCCUCUGCGAGGCAUGCUACGCACGUCACGCGUCCCAAGGAUGCCGGUGCGACCCGUCCACCCUUGGCAGACACCUGGGUAACGCAGUGGUGCGCGACUCCAGGGAUCCGGAGAAGAGGCUCCUCGACCCAGUCACCCCAGAACUGUGAGAAAACGACUCAUUGCCUCUUCUGCGUAGAUCAACCGAUUCACAAACUAGAAGCUAAUAGAGAAGCAAGUAGUUCAUGGUGAACGGCGCGCAGUGUUGUUUUCUCUUCCUAAUAAUUAAUUAAAGAAAAGGCAAAAUGGUGUACGAAUAGAACUCGCAAGUGAAAGAAUGCAGUGUGAUUAGCUGACACGGGUACUGCGCAUGAACGUUUGUGUUUUGUAAGGUGGCAUAAGUAAUAUAUGUAUACUGAAAGGACGCGGGGGUACCGGAACUGUAUGAAUAUUAAAAUUACGUAUUCGGAGGUGUGCGCUCUGAGAUUGGAACAAGUGUCGCAUGGGACGCUUACGUGGACGAGGUCCUCGGACCAUGUCACCAGGGACGUACAAAGAGGAGGGAUCCUUUGGUUAGUUUGAGAAUUUCAGAUAGAAUUACAAAAGAAAAGAAAGGAAAUAAGAAUCCGGAAGUCGAGAAGAAACUAAAAAGUGCGCACCAGCAUGAAGUGUGAGACUCGUGUGUGAAUGAACCUACGAGACGAGAAACAAGUGUUGCAUUAGUACAAGAGUUGCAUUUAAGACGUGAACGAGGGACAGGAUGUUUAACAAAUAUAUCGGACCGGAAGUGUUUAUUUAUUAUUCUCCACAUGCAAACGUACAGAGAGGAAGAUAUCACACAUGCGCCCAUCUUACAGGAACACUCGGACACAAUUACAUUUAUAUACGAGAACACAGUGGCCCACGUUAAUACUUCUGUAACGUAUGGAUGGCGCGUAACGUAUACGGGACGCAUAGGCACACAUUACGUAUUUACGUUAUAUGUAUACAGACGUUAUUUGAAUGGCCGUAUAUAAAUACUAUAGAGAGGUUCUAUGUGAAUGGGCGGUUAGAGGGUCGUAUACAGCCACGUAUAUGAGACAGAGACACACAUUGGCUACAUUACACUGGAGACGCACCCAGAGGACACGUACGCGUAGAUAGCUCUAUAUAUUAUAAAUAUAUAAAUAUUAUAUAAAGCAGAAUUAAAUAUAUAUUGUAUAUUACAUUUGUAUAAAGCAAAACUUUUCUACAUUUAAUUUAUUUUGUGGGCGAAUCGCGAGUAUAGUGGAAAGCGAACGGGAAAGCGUGGAACGUGCGUGUUCAGAGUGGAGAGAAGGAGAAUUUUUUUAAUGGCUGACUCUCGAAGGACUUUUGAAAGAGAUUAGAUUUUUUUUUAAUAAAAAUUUUUUAAUUUUCACGGUACACCCAUUGUACUUGUACGAGAGUACAGGGCCGCUGGUACCGUAUUACGCGUGACGAUAAAUAAUGCCAAGGUACAAAUUUCUCUUUGGAUCUCCCGCGAGAGAGAAAAGGGAUAUGGAAAGUGAUGCAUUGUCAAAAGCUCUGUGGCGUAUGUCCUUCCGAUUUCAAAAGUCUCGAAGCGCGCGGGCUGUCAAUGGAAAAAUUUUCGUGCUCUCGAUGAAGGAAUUCCUUUCAUUUUUUUUUUUAAUUUUUUCUUUUCAAGUUCACCGUAUGUCUUCUCGCGGUAUGUAAUUAGUGCGAAUGUGUCGUGCACGCGUUAGCAAAGAGAGAGAAAAAAGAGUGAAAGGAGAAAUGAAAGAAAAGAGAGGGUGUGCAUUGUAAGUGUGAAUGACGAGCGUCGUGGAAAGAGAGCGUGAGAACGAGUGAGCAAGACGAAGUUGAAUGAUUACGAAAGAGUGCGAAUUGAAGAUGGGCGAGAAUUUUUUUUUUUAAGAGAGAGAGACACAGAGCGAGCUUUAGGGACUUUCGACUUUAUUAAUUUUUUUUUUCCAGUAUUAUCUAGUCUUGUGAACGUUUUUCAACGUGAAAACUAUAGGUUUUUUUUCUUUCUUUUCUUUUCGGACUGCAGACGCGUGAAUGCGAGCGAAUAAGGACGCGAGACAAAACGAAAGAGGAAAAAGAAUGAAAUGAAGGAGAAAAGAUAUAUACAUAUUGAAGUGCACUUUUCCACGCAAAUGCGAAUCGCUAUUCCGAUUGAUCUUGGAAAACAGAAUAUGAAGGACUUAUAAAGGAAAAGGCCUACGGAUUUAGAGAGAGGGGUAUGGAAGUGCUUUUUGAGGUAUAAUAAAAUGAUGCGAGAAUGAUGGGGGAUGUUUUUUUUUCUUUUUUGUCUAGAGUGUACAGUGUGUAUGAAUGGUUUUGUGCGCAUGCGUAAUGUGAAGAUCGACCGUUCUAACGUUUUCGAAUUUCUAACGAUUACUCUUAAUAUAUUCACUUGCGACCGGGGUGGGUACCACGGGAUUGGGAUUGGGAUGGGACGGGGAAUGAAGAGGGGAAAAAAAAAGAUAAAAAAUGAAAUAAGAAAUGUUAAACGGGUAACCCGUCUCCGUAGGUGGGGAUUGGGAGACUCUUUGAAUAUCCCGCGCUAUUUAUAUGUCUAAUUUAAUAAAUUAUUCGCCAUUAGGAAUCUUUAGGCUUCUCUUUCGGUCGGCGUUAUUGGCCGAUAAAAAUUUAAUUGAAAAUUACACGAGUUAUGGUGAACCGACUGUACGACGGGACGCGUUUCAUCUUUGCCAAUGCAUUUUUACUUCUUGACAGUCGAAUCUCCUUAUAUGAGAAAUCGUUUUUAGUGCAUGUAAAAAUAGAAAUUCGAACUACCUAGAAGCGGAUGAACAAUAUAUACAUGGGAUUUGAAAAAAUACAAAUUUUCGAAAAUUGAAAAAGAGAAUUGUUCGACCGUGUAAAAGAUAUACAUUUUUUUUUUUAUGAAACAACCCGUAGGACUUUCGAGCGAGAGACUGGUAGUCCAAAAAUUCCGAUAGUAAAAUAGUAAAAAAAAAAAGGGGGAGACCAGAAGGGGAGGGGAUGCGUUCGUUUUUUUUCUUUCAAAACAGUAACGAAGAAGAUGAACGACUGUCGAGAACGAAAAAAAAAAAUUAUUAAAAAAAUCACGCACUACUAUACUCUGUAACGCGGACAAUGUUGAUGUAUAAAAUAAUACUAGAUAGUUAGAGAUUCCAAAUGCCAAUGGAGUCGCGAAUAAAUGAUGAAACCCACGUUAAAAGAAACUCUUUCGUCGUUCCCUUCGACUCCUCGUGAUUGUUCAAAGAAAAAUAUAUUUAACGUGGUCGUCCCUGUUGACACGUGCUCACAUACGUACCCAUGCGUGCACACGAAAGCCUCUCACAAUCAGCAUCACAUACAACACACACAUGUUACACAUACAUCAUCUCCCGUUCCUCGCGGAUUUCGUUUACCAAUGCAAAGGACAAAUCUUAAUGAGAUUAUAGAGAUUUAAAAAUGUUUGCGCGUAACCUUUUUCUAUAUUCCCGCUGGAUCGUGAAACACUGGGAGAGUCGGAGGUUACGUAUGGCCACGUGGUUGUUUCGUGGCGAGCGAGAGAGUGAGAGCGUUGCGAGUAAGCGAGAAGUGUGGGUGGGUGUGAGACAAAGAAAGAAAGAAAAAAAAACAGAAGAAUGAAGGAAUGCUAGAGUGACGGAGAAAGUGAAAAGGCGCGCGCCUCGCCAGCAAAAAAACCCUUUUAAUAAUUUUAAGCCUACACGCUCUGUAUAUGUCUUGUAAAUAUAUAUUUGAAAAAAUCGA